UGAAUACGAACUAAGACGACCUCCAGUGUGCAAUUCAUCCCGUCCUCAUUGCUCCGUCUGGUUCCGUCCUGAUCGUCCACACCGGCGCUCCCUUCUGCUCGGACUUCACGCCGGGGGUUUCGCUAUAACUAUACGUCUUCGGUUCGUCACUGGCUGGGCCUGCCGGUUAUUACCAAGCCGUUGAACAUUUUUCCCAGAUCGUUUCCUUUCGCUCCGAUAGGGGAGCUGCGUUGCUCCUACAAACCCCGCCCCCGUCUGUGCUUCAGAUAGGGCUACCUUAUUACGCAAAUUAGUCCGGCAGAGGUCCUUUCAAUUCACUGCGUCAGGGUGGUUUUCCCUUUCGACAAGUGCCGCGCACGACGUCACGCCUCCCCCUCACCACGAUUUGAUAACGGUUCUUUGGGUUCCGGAGCGAGCACCGAUAUGCUCGGAUCCGGGAACCCUCGGUGAUAUAGUAGACGGAUAGCUUACUGCUCGGGCGCUGGCUGAAAAGAUGUUUACUGAAGGGCAUGGCCCUUCGGGGACUGCCGACGGCUCCCAAGAGCAGCAGAGCACCACUUCGGACAGCCCGCCGUCGUCUACCCUCCAUGUUUCGGCCGAGUCUUCGUUCAACCCGACGUUUCGCGACCGCCUUGAGAUGCUUUCUACGCGUGUGCCAGACUUCUACAUCACUCCGUUCUGCGGGGCCAGUGCGGGUGUUGCAUCGGGGAUCGUGACCUGUCCGCUCGAUGUGAUUAAGACAAAGUUGCAGGCUCAGGGUGGGUUCGCACGGCGACGGGGCAAGGCGGUUGAGGCCAAAACACUAUACCGAGGCAUGUUAGGGACCGGAAGGGUGAUCUGGCGCGAGGAUGGCAUUCGAGGCCUUUAUCAAGGGCUGGGCCCCAUGCUCCUGGGAUAUCUCCCGACGUGGGCGGUCUAUUUAGCUGUCUACGAUCGGUCUCGGGAGUACUUUUACGAAACGACUGACAGCUGGUGGCUAUCGAGAGGCUACGCUUCGAUAACGGCGGGUGCUUGCUCAACACUAGCGACCAAUCCGAUAUGGGUCAUUAAAACCCGACUCAUGUCUCAAAGCCUUCGGGCAAGCAGCGAGGGCUACAGGGCUCCCUGGCAAUACAACAGCACGUGGGAUGCUGCUCGCAAAAUGUACAAAAGCGAGGGGAUCCGCUCGUUCUAUUCUGGCCUGACUCCAGCGCUGCUGGGGCUGGCGCAUGUCGCCAUCCAAUUCCCGCUCUACGAAUACUUGAAGAUGGCAUUUACUGGUUAUGGAAUUGGCGAACAUCCCGAUACUGGCAGCUCGCACUGGAUGGGCAUUACGUCUGCGACCUUCCUGAGCAAAGUCUGUGCCAGCACUGUGACAUACCCGCAUGAAGUGCUUCGGACCCGACUCCAGACGCAGCAGAGGACAUCACCGGUAAACUCGCCAGAAGAGAUUUCAUUCCGCGGUGGAAUUGACCAUCCUCAGGACCGUGGCAGGCGUCCGGGUGCAGCAUCGUCGGACGGGAUGCCCAACCGACCCCGGUAUGCGGGCAUUGUUCGCACGUGUCAGACCAUUCUGAGAGAAGAAGGCUGGCGUGCGUUCUACUCGGGGAUUGGCACGAACUUGUUCCGGGCUGUCCCGGCUGCGAUGACUACGAUGCUUACAUAUGAGUAUCUGAAGAAAACGAUAGGACACAUACAACAUGAGGGGGAGAUGAAGCUGCAGAUGCUGGAGGCUAAAGCGGAGGAUGGGGUUUAAUACUAGACAUUGUCCAUAUCCAGGUGUUGAGCAGCGGCGUCGUGUGUAUGCUGGGCUGUCUCGCACCUCGUGCCAGCGAUUUCUUUGUUCUCUGCUAGUCGUACAUCGCGAGAUACACUAUCAUAGAGAACAUUCAUUAUCUGGGCUGCCGCCUAUGCAGCUGCUUUCAUUGUUCAGAGAUACCCUCGGCACGGUGCUCCCGCUGCGGAGUUAGGAUAGUCCAGAGAUUUUCUGACAUGUGAAGCUGCAGCUUGUCCUUUGAUUACUCGGUGGUUUAGUUCUGAGCGUUCUUGUUUUCCAUUUCAAUAGAGUCGCAAUUGAAUUGUAG